AUGGGAGCCGUUAAAGUGAUUAUCAGGAAUGCAGGUAAGACUUACCCAAUUGAGGUAAAUCUUGAAGAGCCUGGAGUAUCAUUCAAGAAACAGAUAUAUGAGGCCACCAAUAUUCCACUCGAGCGUCAGAAAGUUCUACUUAAAGGAGGCAAAUUGCGGGAUGAUUCGGAUCUGAACAAGUUUAACUUGAAGGAGAAUCAGUCAAUUAUGGUUUUAGGAACACCGUUGGAGCAGAAGUUGGAAAAACCCAAGGAAAGGGUUCAAUUUGUGGAAGAUCUGAGCAAGGAAGAGCGCGAUUUCAACCCAAAUGACACUCCAUCUGGCUUAAUAAACUUGGGAAACACGUGUUAUUUGAAUUCUUCGUUGCAGACGUUGUUUGAUAUUAAGGAGGUUCGUGAUGACCUUGGAAAAAUGACUGCCAAUCCUUUGGAAAGCGCAAGUUCUGACAAGACACUUGUUUUCCAUAUGAAGGAAUUGUUUAAUAAGAUGGAAAACAAGAAACAAAAGGUGACUCCAUUGAACUUUCUUACCUCCUUAAGGCUCACAUUUCCUCAGUUUAGUGAAAGAGGUGAACAGGGUUUCUAUAAGCAGCAAGAUGCCGAGGAGGCAUACUCUCAAAUCCUUAAUAUGUUACUUGGACGGUUCCCUGAUCUUCGUAACUACUUUGAAAUUCAUAUGAAGACAAGUACAAAGUGCUUGGAAGCCGAGGAGGCUGUAACUUCUGGCCACGAAGAAUCAAUGAAACUAAGCUGUCAUAUCAAUAUUCAUACCAAUUUCCUCAAGGAUGGUUUACAGAAUGAUAUGAAGGAGAAAAUUGAGAAGCACAACGAUUCUUUGGAUAAGAAUUGCGUAUAUGAGAUCACUAGAACUAUCACACGUCUUCCAAAGUAUCUUACUGUUCAUUUUGUUAGGUUUUUCUGGAAGAGAGAGACCGGAAAGAAGUCGAAGAUCCUUAGAAAGAUUCAGUUCCCCUUUGAACUAGAUGUGACGGAUUUGUUAGAUGAAAGCGUCAAGGAAGAUAAGAUAAAGGCUCGUGAAUCCAUUUAUAAAGUGGAAAAGGCAAACGAAGAAGAGAAGAUGACAUUUAAGAAGGCAAAGCCUUCACAGAAAUUAACCAGUAGAGAACAGUACGCCAAAAGGCGUGAAGAGUUGGCUAAAAUGAAGAAGAAAUGGUCUGAGAAUUUUGCCAAGGCACUACCUACUUCAUAUGAAGCACUAUCGGGAGAAAAUCCAUCCCCGUUGUAUGGACUCAAUGCCAUUAUAGCUCACCAGGGAUCAUCUGCUGAUUCUGGCCAUUAUCAGGCCUUUAUCAGAGACCCAGAAGAUUUAGAAGGCGAUAGAUGGUACAAGUUUAACGAUGAUAAAGUGAGUGUGGUUAAUAGAGAGAAGAUCCAGAGUUUGGCAGGAGGUUCGGAAGGAGAUUCUGCACUUAUAUUGAUUUAUAAGGGAGUUGGAUUGGAUUAA